AUGUUGCGGGUUGUGGCUUACGUCUGCGCUCUCCUGGCACUAGCUCACGGACAGACCACCAAUGUAAACCAGUGUACUUUCCACAGUGGACCUCUGCCGAUACACACGUACAUAGAGGGCUGUGUUACUCCGCCAUGUGUCUUCCCACAAGGACAAGAUGCGGUCGUCAACAUCAAGUUCCGAGCACCCCGCGCCGUGCAGAGCAUGACCACUCAUGCCACAGCAUUUCUGUCAAUAUUACCAAUCUUUUACCCUCUCGGAGAGGCAGCUCAGACCUGUAAUUACCUCACUAACAGCAGCUGCCCUCUGGAAGAAGGCGAGGAGGUGCAGUACUCCCUCAAUAUGUUCAUCGAGCCUGCUUUCCCUGCGGGAACUAGUCUACCAAUCGAGUUUAGGAUCGUGGAUGACAACAACAACAACCUGGUUUGCAUUCGUGUGCCAAUCAGAAUCGCGCCUCCUGUGUCUUCCAACAUGCUUGCCGGGCCGGCUGCCGGAGUAUAG